AUGGCAGAUACUCAAGGAAAGGUCAUCACUUGCAGAGCUGCUGUUGCAUGGGGUCCAGAAGAACCGCUUGUAAUACAAGAAAUAUGCGUCGAUCCUCCUCAGAAAAUGGAAGUCCGUGUUAAAAUCCUUUACUCCUCCAUUUGUCACACCGAUCUCGGAGCUUGGACCGGAGUGAACGAAGCUGAACGAGCAUUUCCAAGGAUUCUUGGCCACGAAGCUGUCGGGAUAGUGGAAAGUGUAGGGGAAGGGGUAAAAGAUGUGAAAGAAGGAGACUAUGUGAUUCCCACUUUCAACGGAGAAUGUGGUGAAUGUAGAGUGUGCACCAAUGGAGUAAGUAAUCUCUGUGAGAGAUAUAAAGUCGAUCCAAUGAAAAGACUGAUGGUUAAUGAUGGAGGGACGAGAUUUUCAACAACCACAAACAAGGACGGUAGUUCGAGCCAAAGCCAACGCGUUUAUCACUUCCUUAACACAUCCACGUUCACUGAAUACACCGUCUUGGACUCCGCUUGCGUUGUCAAAAUCGAUCCUAAUGCUCCUCUCAAGCAAAUGAGCCUCCUGAGUUGUGGUGUAUCUACUGGUGUGGGAGCAGCUUGGAACACUGCCAAUGUGAAGGAAGGAACCACCACUGCUGUCUUUGGAUUGGGUUCUGUUGGACUCGCUGUUGCUGAGGGUGCAAGGGCAAGAGGAGCUUCGAGGAUCAUUGGUGUUGACGCUAAUGCUUCCAAAUUUGAGAAAGGUAAACUGAUGGGAGUAACAGAUUUUGUAAACCCCAAAGACUUAACAAAACCAGUACAUGAGAGGAUACGAGAGCUAAUCGGUGGAGGUGUGGACUAUAGCUUUGAAUGCACAGGAAAUGUCGAUGUUCUUCGCGAAGCCUUUUUAGCUACUCAUGCCGGUUGGGGAUCGACGGUGCUUGUAGGAAUAUAUCUGACGCCAAGAACAUUGCCUCUUCAUCCAAUGGAGCUUUUCGACGGCCGCAGAAUCACUGGUUCUAUAUUCGGCGGUUUCAAGCCCAAAUCUCAGCUUCCAAAUUUUGCUCAACAAUGCAUGAAAGGGGUUGUAAAAUUGGAACCUUUUAUUACCAAUGAGCUUCCAUUUGAGAAGAUAAACGAUGCGUUUCAGCUGCUUCGCGAUGGAAAAUCUCUUCGCUGUCUUCUCCAAAUCUCUAAGCUUCUCAAGAAAUGA